GUGCCUGAAUUGGAAAUGGUCACCGACUGCUGUCUGCAGUUGCUGGGGUUUCGGGUUCUCUGUGGCACAAGACGGCGGGCAGAAGGGGUUGGGGUGCUGAGCACAGGCGCACCCACGGCAGUCCCUCUUGGAGGGGUUACCAGGAGAACUGCAAUGGGCAAUGCACCCAUUUGCCACGCAUGUCACUCAGACAAGGGCAUGAGGACGCCAGGCAACAUGCAGGACUUGGAUAGAAUCCCUGACUAUUAUGGAUGCAACUGCGAAGAAAGUAAAGAACCUGAAGCCCGCUCUGACAGCAAUGCAAGCUUUCUCCGGGCUGCCAGAGCUGGCAAUUUGGACAAAGUAGUGGAAUACCUGAAAAGUGGAAUAGACAUUAACACGUGUAAUCAGAAUGGGCUCAAUGCUCUGCACCUGGCGGCUAAAGAAGGCCACGUGGGACUGGUACAAGAACUACUGGAAAGAGGGUCAGCUGUGGAUUCUGCCACUAAGAAAGGGAAUACUGCCCUACACAUUGCAUCCUUAGCAGGACAAGCUGAAGUUGUCAAAGUUUUGGUUAAGGAAGGAGCCAAUAUUAAUGCACAGUCUCAGAAUGGUUUCACUCCAUUAUACAUGGCAGCUCAAGAGAACCACAUUGAAGUGGUGAAAUAUCUCCUGGAGAAUGGAGCCAACCAAAGCACAGCUACUGAGGAUGGUUUCACUCCCUUAGCUGUUGCUCUGCAACAGGGACACAAUCAAGCAGUGGCUAUCCUGCUGGAAAAUGACACCAAGGGGAAAGUGAGAUUACCAGCUUUGCACAUUGCUGCCAGAAAAGACGACACCAAAUCAGCAGCGCUCCUACUGCAGAACGACCACAAUGCCGAUGUGCAGUCCAAGAGUGGCUUUACACCUUUGCACAUAGCUGCACAUUAUGGAAACGUCAAUGUGGCAACGCUUCUGCUAAACCGAGGAGCUGCAGUUGAUUUCACAGCAAGGAAUGGAAUCACCCCACUGCAUGUCGCUUCCAAAAGGGGAAACACAAACAUGGUGAAGCUCUUGUUGGAUCGUGGAGGGCAGAUCGAUGCCAAAACCAGGGAUGGACUCACACCGCUCCACUGUGCUGCAAGAAGUGGACAUGACCAAGUUGUGGAGCUGCUUCUGGAACGAGGUGCCCCACUCCUUGCAAGGACCAAGAAUGGGCUUUCCCCACUUCAUAUGGCGGCCCAGGGGGACCACGUGGAAUGUGUCAAACAUCUCCUGCAGCACAAAGCUCCUGUGGAUGAUGUCACGCUGGACUACCUGACUGCCCUCCAUGUAGCUGCACACUGCGGCCACUAUCGUGUCACCAAGCUCCUCCUGGACAAGAGAGCAAAUCCCAAUGCUCGUGCCCUGAAUGGUUUUACUCCACUGCACAUUGCCUGCAAGAAAAAUCGCAUCAAAGUCAUGGAACUCCUGGUGAAAUAUGGGGCUUCAAUCCAGGCUAUAACGGAGUCGGGCCUCACACCAAUACAUGUGGCUGCAUUUAUGGGCCACUUGAACAUAGUCCUCCUUCUGCUGCAGAACGGAGCCUCUCCCGAUGUCACUAACAUUCGUGGAGAAACUGCACUGCACAUGGCAGCACGUGCCGGGCAGGUGGAAGUAGUUCGUUGUCUCCUGAGAAAUGGGGCCCUAGUUGAUGCUCGAGCCAGGGAAGAACAGACUCCACUGCACAUUGCCUCUCGCUUGGGUAAAACAGAGAUUGUCCAGCUUCUGCUACAGCACAUGGCUCACCCUGAUGCUGCAACAACUAAUGGAUACACUCCACUGCACAUCUCUGCCAGAGAGGGACAAGUUGAUGUUGCAUCAGUUCUCCUGGAGGCAGGUGCCUCACACUCCAUGUCCACCAAAAAGGGAUUCACGCCUUUGCAUGUGGCAGCCAAAUAUGGGAGCCUGGAAGUGGCAAAGCUCCUCCUGCAGCGUCGUGCCUCUCCUGAUUCAGCCGGCAAGAACGGCCUCACGCCCCUGCACGUGGCGGCCCAUUACGACAACCAGAAGGUGGCGCUGCUGUUGCUGGAGAAGGGCGCCUCGCCCCACGCGACCGCCAAGAAUGGAUACACCCCUCUACACAUUGCUGCCAAGAAAAAUCAGAUGCAGAUAGCUACCACACUGUUGAACUAUGGGGCUGAGACCAACAUUUUGACCAAACAGGGAGUGACACCACUUCAUUUAGCCUCCCGAGAAGGUCACACGGACAUGGUAACAUUGCUUUUGGAGAAAGGAUCCAAUAUCCAUGUGGCAACAAAGACUGGACUGACAUCCUUACACCUUGCAGCUCAAGAGGAUAAAGUGAAUGUAGCUGAAAUACUCACAAAACAUGGUGCAAACCAAGAUGCUCAGACAAAGCUUGGUUAUACACCUUUAAUUGUGGCCUGUCACUAUGGAAACAUCAAAAUGGUGAAUUUUCUUCUCAAGGAGGGAGCAAAUGUCAAUGCUAAAACAAAGAAUGGGUACACUCCUCUCCACCAAGCUGCUCAACAAGGUCACACUCACAUCAUUAAUGUCCUUCUCCAACAUGGAGCUAAGCCCAAUGCAAUCACCACCAAUGGUAACACUGCCUUAGCUAUUGCUAGGCGUCUGGGAUAUAUCUCAGUGGUCGAUACGCUGAAGGUUGUUACGGAGGAGAUUACUACCACCACAACUACUGUAACAGAGAAGCACAAGCUAAAUGUACCCGAAACAAUGACUGAGGUCCUGGAUGUUUCAGAUGAAGAAGGUGAUGAUACAAUGACAGGAGAUGGAGGAGAGUACCUGAGGCCAGAAGACCUCAAAGAACUAGGAGAUGACUCUUUACCAAGCAGUCAGUUCUUAGAUGGUAUGAACUACCUGAGGUACAGCUUGGAAGGAGGGCGAUCUGACAGUUCAGACAGGUCUCACACACUGAGCCAUGCCUCCUAUCUGAGGGACAGUGCCAUGAUUGACGACACUGUUGUGAUCCCUAGCCAGCAGGUAACUACUCUGGCCAAAGAAGCAGAAAGGAAUUCCUAUCGCUUAAGUUGGGGGCCUGAAAAUUUGGACAAUGUGGCUCUUUCUUCCAGCCCUAUUCAUUCAGGCUUCCUAGUUAGUUUCAUGGUGGAUGCUCGUGGGGGUGCCAUGAGAGGCUGCAGACAUAACGGACUGAGAAUUAUUAUUCCUCCGCGGAAAUGCACUGCUCCAACACGAGUGACUUGCCGCUUGGUGAAACGUCACAGACUGGCCACCAUGCCUCCCAUGGUGGAAGGGGAAGGCCUGGCCAGCCGUCUGAUCGAAGUGGGACCAUCUGGGGCCCAGUUUCUUGGGCCUGUGAUUGUGGAGAUUCCCCAUUUUGCUGCUCUGCGUGGGAAAGAGAGAGAACUGGUGAUCCUGCGCAGUGAGAACGGGGACAGCUGGAAGGAACAUUUCUGUGAAUACACUGAGGAUGAACUAAAUGAAAUCUUGAAUGGGAUGGAUGAAGUACUUGACACACCAGAAGAGCUUGAGAAGAAACGUAUUUGCCGCAUCAUCACUCGUGAUUUCCCUCAGUACUUUGCAGUGGUGUCCCGAAUCAAACAGGACAGCAACCUUAUUGGACCUGAGGGAGGUGUGCUGAGCAGCACUGUUGUGCCACAAGUGCAGGCAGUCUUCCCAGAAGGGGCUUUAACCAAACGAAUUCGUGUUGGCCUCCAGGCUCAACCUAUGCAUACUGAACUUAUAAAGAAGAUUUUGGGCAACAAGGCUACCUUCAGUCCUAUAGUCACACUGGAGCCCAGGAGGAGGAAGUUCCAUAAACCCAUUACAAUGACAAUUCCUGUCCCCAAGGCCUCCAGUGAUGGGAUCAUGAAUGGUUAUGGAGGUGAUACACCCACUCUAAGGUUACUAUGCAGCAUAACAGGAGGAACCACCCCUGCCCAAUGGGAAGAUAUCACUGGAACAACACCACUGACAUUUGUUAAUGAAUGUGUUUCCUUCACAACAAAUGUGUCUGCCAGAUUUUGGUUAAUUGACUGCCGACAGACACAAGAGUCUGUUACUUUUGCUUCUCAAGUGUAUAGAGAGAUUAUUUGCGUCCCCUACAUGGCCAAGUUUGUGGUGUUUGCCAAAUCACAUGAUCCCAUUGAAGCACGGUUACGAUGUUUUUGCAUGACAGACGACAAGGUGGAUAAAACUCUAGAACAACAAGAAAAUUUUGCUGAAGUUGCCAGAAGCAGGGAUGUCGAGGUAUUAGAAGGAAAACCCAUCUACGUUGACUGUUUCGGCAAUUUGGUGCCACUAACUAAGAGUGGACAACAUCAUAUAUUCAGUUUUUUUGCCUUCAAAGAAAACAGACUUCCUCUAUUUGUUAAGGUGCGAGAUACCACUCAAGAACCCUGCGGACGAUUAUCAUUCAUGAAGGAGCCAAAAUCAACAAGAGGUCUUGUUCAUCAAGCCAUAUGUAAUUUAAACAUCACGUUACCUGUUUACACAAAGGAAUCAGAAUCAGACCAAGAACAAGAAGAAGAGGUUGAUAUGACUUCAGAAAAAAAUGAUGAAACAGAAUCUACAGAAACAUCUAUCCUGAAAAGCCAUCUGGUUAAUGAAGUCCCUGUACUAGCCAGUCCAGACUUACUGUCUGAAGUUUCUGAGAUGAAACAAGAUUUGAUCAAAAUGACUGCCAUCUUGACAACUGACCCUUCUGAUAAGUCAGGCUCUAUUAAAGUGAAAGAUCUUGGAAAAGCCACUGAAGAGGAGCCAGGAGAGCCAUUUGAAAUAGUUGAAAGAGUGAAAGAAGACUUAGAAAAAGUGAAUGAAAUUCUUAGAGGUGGAUCAUAUACUAGAGAAGAACAUGCUUUGCAGAAGUCUCUUUCCAGACAAGAAUUUGUAGAAGAAGAAUGGGUCAUUGUCAGUGAUGAAGAAAUUGAAGAGGCCAGAAGAAAUGCUCCUGUAGAAGUCACUGAACCUAUCUGUGUAGAAGUUAGAAUAGACAAAGAGACAACAGAGAUGGAAAAGAAAGAUAUGACAGGAAUGGUAGAUUACCUUACUGAGGAUUUAAACAAAUACGUUUCUCUUCAUGAGGUACAGCCACAAGCUUUACAAGAAGACAUGGUAGAAGAGAGAUUUGAAGCAGUAGUAAUAAGCAGGGAUUCUGAAAAAGAAGGACAAGAGUCUCCAACAACAGAAACACUAAGUCCACAAGAACAACAUAAGCCAGCCUUAGAAAUUAAAAAGCCAGUUAGAACAAAGUUAAGAGACAAGCACAAACAAAAAGAAGGCAAGAUGCACAGUAGUGAGCAACAACCAGGACUAAUGAAGAUCAGUUCAGAUGAGUCUGCAAAGGAGGAACAUGGCUUAACACCAGCAGCUGCUCCUGAGGCUAAAGCUGUAUCCCCUGUCAUAGAGGAAACUCCUAUUGGCUCAAUAAAAGAUAAGGUUAAAGCUCUUCAGAAACGAGUGGAAGAUGAACAAAAAAUACGCUCUAAACUACCUGUCAGAAUUCAAACAAGAGAAGGCACUGCUGAAAAGGCUUCUAAAAAACCAGUACCGGUCAAAAAAACAGUUGCACACAAAGCACAGCCUCCUGUUUCACCUUCUUCUAAGACAGAAAGACUUGAAGAGACCAUGUCAGUUCGUGAGCUGAUGAAAGCCUUCCAGUCAGGUCAAGACCCAUCCAAGAAUGUGUCUGGACUGUUUGAGCACAAGUCUGUCAAACAAAAGCAACAACUCCCUGAGAAGGAAACAACACGGAGAAAAACAAUUUCUUCACAAAGUGAAACAAAGCGAGUAUCAAGCCACAAGACAGACAAACAGAAGGACAAGCAAAGCACAGUCUUAAAAUCAGAGAAAGAGCCACAGCCAAAGAAAGGAAGAAUGCAAGUAUCCACUGUUGAUACUAUCAAGAAAACUGUAAGCAAAGACCAAGUAAAACAGCAGAGCAGCAAAAAAACAGCAGAACCUCCCCCUCCAGUAUUUGCUGAUGAAAAUACCAAAGAUUCAGCAGUUAUAAAGGGCAAGACUUCUGAUGACCAAGGCGAUACAGACUUUCAGAUCAGCCCUGACAGGAAAACCUCAACAGAUUUUUCCGAUGUCAUUAAAGAAGAACUUGAGGAUAAUGACAAAUACCAACAAUUCCGACAUCUUUCAGUGACAGAGGAAGGCGAGCUUAACUUGGAGCAAGUACUGACCAGUCCCUUCAAUGUUGCUUUCCCUGCUGAGUAUGUAAAAGAUGGAUUCCUUCCUGCUCUUUCUCUGCAAAGUGCUGCUUUUGAUGGGAGCUCAGAGAGCCUUAAGCACGAAGGUGUGGCUGAUUCUCCAGGUAGCCUGCUUGAUGGAACUCCUCAGAUCAGUUCUGAGGAAAGUUAUAAACAUGAGGGUCUGGCAGAAACUCCAGAAACAAGCCCUGAAAGCCUUUCUUUCUCACCAAAGAAAACUGAUGGGCAAAUUGAAGAAGCUAAAGGAACAGCUAGAGUACACACAACAGCAGAAACAUGUUCUCCGAAGGAACUCUCACCAAAGGGAAAUGAAAAAGAUCAACAGGAUGAUCGUGAACGGACUGAGGAAAGACUGGCUCACAUUGCUGAUCACCUUGGAUUCAGUUGGACAGAGUUAGCAAGAGAACUGGAUUUCACAGAAGAGCAAAUUCACCAAAUCAGGAUUGAAAAUCCUAAUUCGCUUCAAGACCAGAGCCAUGCACUCCUCAAAUAUUGGCUUGAAAGGGAUGGGAAACACGCAACAGAUACAAGUCUUACUCAGUGUCUUACAAAAAUCAACCGAAUGGAUAUUGUUCACCUAAUGGAGACCAGUGGCAUUGACUCUAUGCAGGUCCACGGCACUCGCACAUAUGCAGAAAUUGAACAAACAAUAGGAUUGGACCAUAGUGAAGGGUUUUCUGUACUGCAAGAAGAACUGUACAGUUCAAGACAUAAGCCAGAAGAGAGGCACAGAAUGUCUAAAGACAGUGACCCAAUGGAACACCCUCCCAUCGUUUCUGAGGAAGAUGUAUCUGUCAGUUAUUCUCCUUUUCAGGACAGUACUCCUAGGAGUGAGGCAGAGCUUUCAAUGGCUGAGCUCCUAAGGCAAACACACAAAGAACAAGUGGAAGCUGAAUUCUCAGGGAAACCCCACAAUGUGGUAGAAACAACAUCUUCACACCAUGAAUAUUUUGUCACAACUCCUGGAAGAGAGCAGGCAGCAGCAAGUGAUACAUCUGCACACUUCAGUGCAACAAAGGAAGAGAGAGAAAAAACAUCCCCACAACCCUCAUCAUCUGCUCAGAGAGGUGGUUCUCCCAUCAUCCAAGAGCCUGAAGAGCUCCAUCUCCAUCAGGAUGACCUCUCUCCAAGGAGAACUAGUCUAGUGAUAGUGGAGUCAAUUGAUGAACAACCAGAAAAGCUUGGAAGUGGCUAUGAGGAGGAAUCUUUAGAAAAGGAGUUAGCAGAGGAGUUAGGUGAGCUGGAAACCAGCUCGGAUGAGGACGAGAUGGUAACUACCAGAGUCGUUCGUCGCCGGGUGAUUAUUCAGGCCGAUAGUAUGCCUGAAAUGCCACCAGAAACAGUCACAGAAGAACAAUACACAGAUGAACAUGGCCACACAGUGGUAAAGAAGGUCACUAGAAAGAUCAUCCGGCGAUACAUUUCUCCAGAUGGCACUGAAAAAGAAGACGUCAUUAUGCAAGGAACACCUCAAAAACCCGUCACGGUUGAGGAAGGAGAUGGCUAUUCCAAAGUUGUAAAACGAGUUGUGCUGAAGAGCGACAGUGAACAGUCAGAGGUGACUUUGUCUGAACCUGGUGUUUUGCCCAGUGCCUCCAAUUUCCAAUCUGAGCCAGUAGAAGGCCGCAAGGUCAGCAAAGUCAUAAAGACUACUGUAGUGCAAGGAGAGAGAAUGGAGAAACACCUGGGGGAUGCUAGCUUAGCUACUGAUCUUCCAUCAGCCAAAGAGGACUUUGAAGAGGCUUUGAGCUUUACAGGCAACCAAAUUAAAUUCCAAUUCCCGGCAUUAGUAGAAAAGGAGAUCAUGAAAGAGGAUGGAUCAAUUAUUAAAAGGACAACACUAAGUAAAGCCAGCACACAGAAGAGGACUGUGAUGAAGGAUCGGUAUGGAAAACAUGUUCACAUAGAAGAGCUGGAUGACACACCAGAAGCGCUACCACAGGAUGACCUCCAGCAUGACCUUCAGCAGCUUCUUCGACACUUCUGCAAAGAGGAUUGGAAACAAGAUGCAAAAUAAGAAGCUGUCACCCCUCAACAACAACAUGUCCAUCCAGUAUGCAGCAUUCAUCUUUUCUAGGUGUAGACAUUAUGACCUACAUAAUCACUGGAAGACACUGCCAUUUCUACUUGUGCAGAUGCAGUGAAUUCAUUUUUUCCCCUGUAUUUGAUUUUGGGUUUUUAUUUGUUUUUUUUUUUUUACCCUGUAAGCUAAUUUGUGACCAAAGAUAGCAUCCUUCAUUUGGAUGAUUUAUUCACCGAGUUGUCGUCUUUGUGCUGUACUGGAACCUUGUCAGCAUCGCCACUUUUUGCUGGUCCUUUGCUUCUGCACUAGCUUCACAAAACUGCAUUUGUCAAACCAACUUCAUCUACAGGCCUCUUCAAGUGACUAUGUACAGGCAUCAUGAAAAAAGGGAGUUAACAUGUAAACUGUAUAUAGCAAGAGUACUUGGACUUACUUAUGAGACUGCAGAAAACACACUGCCUAUGAAUACUAUUAGUGUCGUGGAUUACAAGGUUUGUUGACACUGGUGAACAACAGAAAAAUAACGUUAAUGCGAUCAACUGCAAACACUGACUGAGGAGGAAGCACUGCAGAUCUGCUGCUGCAUCCAUAAGACUUCCAGUUUAGGGAUCUAUUAUUAUAGUUAAAGGCUCUAAGAGUCAGGCUAAAAACCUGGAAAUUCAGCUGUUCUCAUGAAGUAAGAGCUGACUGUGGCCAUCGAUACUUUUAAGACCUUUGGACAGCCACUUCAGGAUUUCCAGAAAAGAAAUAAUUAAAAAUAUCCAAUUAGGUAACCAACUUGCUAGCAGCUAUAUCUAUGGCACAUUUGCAUACGGUAUUAAAAUCUUUUAGAUCUGGACGUGUGGCAGGGUGUAUUAAACAAUUAUAACUACAGUAGUUUCCUGUUUUCAUCACUGCUUUAGCGAACCACAUUGUCCUGCUGGCCACUGCACUGUAGAUAACUAUGGGAGAAAGACUUACACUAUAUGAAAAGAUAAUUAAUUCACCAUGUUUUAAUCAAGACUGCCUCUUUUCAGAUACAUGCAUGUGGCAUUUGAAGGUCAAAACCAAACCUCCUGUAAUUGUGUCAACCUACUAUAGCCCUCUAAGCACUGAGCGAGCAGUUUUUAUCUUCCAAUCAAAUGUUUUUUAAAGAGAAAGUAAGUGCUCACUAUCCUCAAAAGCCAGUUUCUGUUCAUAUUUUGUUACCUAUCUAUAUAUAAUAUAUAUUUCUAAAUCAACCCUCUGGAAAAUCAUGAUAGCAUGUAUGCACUUUUACUUUAAAAAAAGGGAACAAAGAUCUGACAUACUUGGUAUUCUAUACCUUAACAUUUAGAGGUGAGCACUGCAGCGUUUUAGACUAUAUUACACAUGCAGACACACUAAAGGUUUUUAAACAGCUGUUUGAUUAUUUUUUUUUAAAUAGCAUGCUCAAGAACAGAUUAAAAACAAAUCCUCUCCUUUAAGAUUAAUGCUUUUUCCAAGCUUACCUUCUACGAUUAUGGUUUGGGUUUAUGACUCACUCAGUGCUCAGAACAAGGAAGGGCACUUCUCAUUAAAGUACAGAUGCCAAAAGCAUGAGCACAUCUUGGGAGCUGAGGCUCCCUGCAGACAAAGCAACCUGAGGUGCCAUGCUAACACUUUUUUUUGGCAGGCAGAAAAAAAAA